AUGUCAAACCAAGAGUCAGAUGCUGAAAAGAAUAUUGAAAUCUGGAAGGUCAAGAAAUUGAUCAAAUCGUUGGAGUUGGCCAGGGGUAACGGUACUUCGAUGAUUUCAUUAGUUAUCCCACCAAAAGGUCAAAUAUCAUUGAUACAAAAGAUGUUGACAGAAGAAUACGGUACUGCCUCGAAUAUCAAAUCCAGAGUCAAUAGAUUGUCAGUCUUGUCUGCCAUCACAUCCACACAGCAGAAGUUGAAAUUGUACAAUUCAGUACCUAAAAACGGAUUAGUUGUUUAUUGUGGUGAUGUCAUAACCGAUGAAGGAAAAGAAAAGAAACUAAACAUUGAUUUUGAACCAUUCAAACCAAUCAAUACAUCCCUUUACUUGUGCGAUAACAAAUUCCAUGUUGAAGCAUUGAACGAAUUGUUGGAAAACGACGAUAGGUUCGGGUUCAUCAUUAUGGAUGGUAAUGGAGCUUUAUUCGGAGCAGUUAGUGGUAACACCAGAGAAGUUUUACACAAGUUUACGGUGGAUUUACCUAAAAAGCAUGGAAGAGGUGGUCAAUCAGCUAUGCGUUUCUCUCGUUUGAGAGAGGAAAAGAGACACAACUACGUUCGUAAAGUUGCUGAAGUAGCAGUGCAGAAUUUCAUAACUGCUGAUAAAGUCAAUGUCAAGGGUUUAAUCUUGGCAGGUUCGGCAGACUUUAAAACUGAAUUGAGCAAAUCCGACUUGUUUGACAAUAGAUUACAAGCUAAAGUCAUCAAGAUUGUUGAUAUAUCGUAUGGAGGAGAAAAUGGAUUCAACCAAGCUAUUGAAUUGUCAGCUGAAACAUUGGCCAAUGUCAAAUUUGUACAAGAAAAGAAAUUAUUGAAUGAAUAUUUCGAAGAAAUUAGUCAAGAUACUGGAAAAUACUGUUAUGGUAUAGAGGAUACGUUGAAAGCAUUGGAUUUGGGUGCAUGUGAGAGAGUUAUUGUUUAUGAAAACUUGAACAUUGUAAGAUACACAUUGAAGGAUGUUGAUGGCGAAGAAGUAAUAAAGCACGUUAAUCCGGAAUUACCCGACAAGUCGUGGCAAGAAGAUAAAAAGACUGGAAUCGAUAUGGAAAUUGUUAAAGAAGAAUCGUUUUUGGAAUGGUUGGCUGAAAAUUACAAGAAUUUCGGUGCCGAAUUGGAUUUCGUUACUGAUAAAUCAUCUGAGGGUGCUCAAUUUGUACAAGGUUUUGGUGGUGUUGGUGCUAUAUUGAGAUACAAGGUCAAUUUCGAUCAAUUGGCUGAUGACGAGUCGGAGGAGGAUGAAUACUAUGACGACGACGACGACGACUUUAUCUAA